AAAUUGUCGGCUCUCGAAUUUUGGCCGUCUUUUCUAAAUUUCUUCAAUUACCCAAACACCCCAACUUAUCCAUUCUCUCUUCAACAUCUCGAAUUACGCAAAAUAGACCGCCAACAUGGGUCGCGUGAUUCGUAACCAGAGAAAGGGUCACGGUGGUAUCUUCACCGCCACCACCCGUCUACGCAAGGCCCCGGCCAAGUUCCGUUCCCUCGACUUCGCUGAGCGACAUGGAUACGUCCGAGGUGUAAUCAAGGAGAUCAUCCACGACCCGGGUCGUGGUGCUCCUCUCGCCCGCGUUGUUUUCCGAUCCCCCUACAAGUUCAAGCAGAUCACCGAGACUUUCAUCGCGAACGAAGGCAUGUACACCGGCCAAUUCAUCUACGCCGGCAAGAACGCCGCUCUUACCGUCGGAAACGUCCUACCUCUUUCCUCCGUUCCUGAGGGUACUGUCAUCUCGAACGUGGAAGAGAAGGUUGGUGACCGAGGCACCCUCGGCCGAACCUCCGGCAACUACAUCACCGUUAUCGGCCACAACCCCGACGAGGGCAAGACCCGAAUCAAGCUCCCCUCCGGUGCCAAGAAGGUUGUCAGCAGCAGCUCCCGAGGAAUGAUCGGUAUUGUUGCUGGUGGUGGCCGAACCGACAAGCCUCUCCUUAAGGCUUCGCGUGCUAAGCAUAAGUUCGCUGUCAAGCGUAACAGCUGGCCCAAGACUCGUGGUGUUGCCAUGAACCCUGUCGACCAUCCUCACGGUGGUGGUAACCAUCAACAUAUUGGUAAAGCUUCCACGAUCUCUCGAUACGCGGCACAAGGUCAAAAGGCGGGUCUCAUUGCGGCGAGACGGACGGGUCUGCUACGUGGUACCCAGAAGACGAAGGAGUAAAAUGGGUUCUCCAGGUCAUGGUUCAUCACGGCGGUUGGAGUUUUACUUGCUUGCACUUUGCAUCUCUCUAGGUACUGGCGAGUUCACGACAUGAGAUAGGACUCAAUGGGAAGUACCCGGCAUUCAGAUUCUUUCUGCACAUAUAUCAUAUGCCUUUUGCGUGCGAUAUGCUUCGCCUCGUGAAGUCGACGAAGAGUUACGAUGGAUGGUAAAACGUGGCAGUAAACUCGUGCUAUUUAAUACCCAAAAAUAAGCAAAAAUAUUCUAAUCCAUUGGUUCCAAGGUUGUGUCUGGUAUAUUCAUUGCGAAUAGCAGAGAUGGGCAAGAUCUUCAUAAAAGAGGAAGUUCAAGGAUACCCAGGUAUAUACGGUUAUGUCUCGCGUGACAAAGUCGAUAAUGGAAUCAUCAAGUUCCCGCCUUCGCUAUGAUGGUCAGGCUCCGCUUAAUACGUACAUGUAGUCUAAGACCAGCCUUAAAGAAGCUUAAAUCUCAAGAAUUUGUAUAAUCAUAUCGAUAUCCUCUUCAGGUAUUGCACUUAAAUAUUCACGCCAUCGAUUUCUUAUUACCUUCAUGUAAGAGUAAAUCCUAUCUUUGGAUGCAAGAAAGCA